UUGUGAUACACCGGUUUUCUUUCAUUUUUUUAGGGGAAUAUAUUUGUUAAUAUUGCUCUUUCCGUUUGAGAUGAGCCUGGAGGCUUUAUGUUUCUCAACCAGAAAUGUUAUGAAAGCCCGACAGUGAUAUUUCAGUGUCCACAGAGUGUGAGAACGUUCCGCGCUCAUUGUAUCCAGGCGUAUGAUCAGUGAGUGAUGAUGCUGUGUUGUGAGCGUUAUUCUGUCUUCUGAUUGGCUGUCGUAAUUAUCUUCACACGCUCGCUGACAGCCAGAGCAUCCCAUCUUGUCACGCGCCUGUGAACCACCAGCUCCCGCCAAACGCCUUCUGUCACAAUCUGCUUCAGUUACAGUUAUGUAUAUGAAAACAUGGAGCUGUCAAAGAGCGAAGAUUCUUCAGAUGAUCGGAAGAGGUCAAGUAAGGCACAUGGCCGAUGUAAAGGGCCUGAAGAGCACAAAUCUCAAAUCACGAUGAAUAAUGGAUUUGUGAAUACACACACUACUGAUGAAAGCCCAUCCUCACUGCCUGUGCCAGACACUCUAGACAUACUGUCUCCAGGGGUUAGUGACACGCUCUCAGAAGGUCACAGACGGCUCCGUAGCUCUUUUAGAAGAAGCAGAACCCAUGACUGUGUGAGAAGAAUGGGACAGCAGCAAGCUGAGAGCCCUGGAUACAAAGAUGGGACCAACUGGCGCCAUCACCAUAAGCUGGUGACCAGUGUCAGCUUUUCAGGGUUCGAGGCGCCUCUAAGGUUGCUUCGUGAGAAUCGGGAAACAUCUGGCAGCAGUCGUGAAAUCAUCGAUUACCGUAACCUAACACCUCAAGUGCCCUUUGUGCCCUGCAUAGCCAAAUCCAUUCCUAAAAAGAGGAUCUCCCUGAGGAAACCUAGGAAGGCCAUUAAGGACUUGUUUGUUCACAAAAGACACAAACAUGAGAAAGCUGUGUCACCAAGUACACCAUGUCGUAUUGUAGGUGAAAAUGUUCCAUCACUGAAACGGACGAGGAAGACGGUAAUACACAGAGAGCGUACCACUGCAGGAAGCAGAUUUAAUGACGAACUCAGUGAGACUCCCUCUGAUUCUUCCAGUGAAUGUUGUGCUAAUGUCUGUGAGGAUGCUGCUUCAUUAAAAAGCUUUGGAUCCCAGGCUGGUUGUGGUGAGAUAUUUGCUGAUGAUCUCGUAUCACCUGAGGGGGUUCUUAGCCCAGAGCGUCACAAAGUUGCCUGUGAACCUCCAAAACAAAGCCAUACUACUGCAGGUUUCCAGGGAGGUAAGGAAUGUCUGGCCUCUCCAGCUCACGCUGAGGUCUUGGACAUGUUUGGGUUGUGGGAAACCCUAAACAGAACUUUGCUAUCAGGGCAAAGUUCAAAAGCACCAGGACAUGCAACAAAAUCCACAACACCUAUCACAGAAUCUCCUUCCACAACCAAGUCUGAAGAUGUAACAGCAAAUACACCACGACCUGUAGAAUCCGAGAUCAGGGAAUUUAAUACUGAUGUGAUAACACCCAAAAGUGACAACCAAGGGAACACCAGUGAUGAGGGCUACUGUGAUCAUGUUUCUCCUGGUUUUGAGGACCACAGCAGAAGUUCCCUCACUCCAGUGCAUUCCAGUAAGUUCCCUAGGGACACGUACAGUGGAGAUGCUCUUUAUGAGCUAUUCUGUGACCCCAGCGAGGCAGAGAUUACCCCGAUCUUUGAUGACGAGCUCGAUCUAACAGACAGCAUUGUUGGCCAGUGCAGUGAUCUUCCAUUGUCCAUGUACAGCUUCCAUGUUGGAGCAGAGGAGAAUCUUGCCCCACCUUUGGCUCAGGACUUUGUUGGUCAAGAGCUUCUGCAAAGUAAAUGGAUGGGGAAGGAUUGCUUACUAAAGCUUUGUGACACUGAGAUAUCUAUGGCUAUGGGUAUAGUUAACUGGCUAAAGCAUAGGACAGACCAAAGCAACCCAACAGAAUUGAGAUCUUCAAAAAUUAACAGUGAAGAUACAAGAGAUGCAUGUCUGAGAUGCGAAACCCAGUCAGCAAGGGUUAGAAAACCAACAAAAGGAGCAAGAACUGUUAACUGUAGAGGAGACACUGUUAAUUUCAAAGAGUCAAGUCAAAAAAGUGUUGGUGUUCUGCCCUCAAAAUAUGAUGCAAAUACAGUGAUGUCAACCUUGGCCUCUCCAGAGAGCCAACCCAGGACCCCAAUGAGUGGUGUGUGUUUCAGGAUAUUCAAUAUCGACUCUCCUAUGACUCCAGGUAGAGAUUUGCAGUCCCCAGUGGUAAGCUCCCCUGGCUCUGGGACAAGGUCUUUGUUUGUGUUGGCCAUAAACAAGGAUUCUCUUUGUGAAUCCUGCAAGAAUUCCUUGAAAAAUGGAGCUAAAGAAAUGCACCUGUGCCGUUCUUGUAUGUCCCUCAUUGAGCACAUCAAGACUUCAGACCUUUGGGCCCAUGCCAGUCUUCCCAGAUCCACUCCAGUUCCACAGCCAAUAACCAGAGACCUAUUCUCUCCAGCCAGCACCUGUGGGAUAAGAAGUGACAUCAGCAUAGCUUCCCUUGUUGAGCAGUGUGCUAGUCAAUUGUCUUCUUUGAAUAUCAACUUAACUCAAGCUCACUCAAGCUGUAAGAUAAGAGAUGCCCUUGUGCUUGAUCAAGGGGCAAAACGGAACAAAGAACAGUCUGAAAAAUACAUAAAGUCAAAGCACAAGAAAAGGCCAGUGGCAACUACUGAGAGAGGCUUGCAUGCUAGACAUCGCUUGAGGGGGUCCAGCUUUUCUGAAGAUGUGAAACCUUCCCUUUUAGAGACUGAGGGACUUGUCACUACCAAUGCUUCCGAUGAUUUGGUGUUGGAAACUUACGGUCCAUGUGAUGUUGAAUCUGGUGAUGCAGACGUAUCUCAAGCUACCAGGCCUACAUCUCUUCCUCUCAUGGCCUCUGCCUCUUCAGAUUUUUUUUGCAGAGAGGACCACCAUAAUAAGGUGGAAGAGGGAAACCCAUCCAAAAAUAAGCAUAGAUUACGGCAUCACAGGAAGUCUGCUGUGAAUAGUGAGGGAUCAUGCAGUGUCUUUCCAGGGGAUAGGAAAGUAGAACGCAGAUGCCGAAUGAAGAAUUGAAACAGAUUCUGAAUUUGUGGAUCCUGACUGUCUUAAACUCGUUUCUUCCGUUCAGUACCUCAGCCCUCCGGUCAGCUGACCUCUCUACCAGCUUUCAAAGUCUCUACCUUUCGUCUGCAAGAAAUCUGACAUGUUUGCUCAUUUUACUGUCAACUCAGCAACACGGUCAGCCUGGGGCAACAACAGGUCUGUUGAUCUGUUUGUUUGAAAAGUGUCAUUUGUCUGAAACCUGUCAUAUCAGUGUUUUUCUCUCUCCAUAGUGUUUCUGCAAUCACUGCUAUUUUUUAUUGCAAGUUUAUUGCUGGAGUUUUCAAACCAAUGAUCAUUGACAGUACAUACUAGUGCAAUAACUACAGUAAAACUUUAUUAAUGUCCAAGGGAAACAUUUUAAACUGUUGUCUUAAAAAAGUUAUGGAAUUUGACAUUGUGGGAAGUUAUACUUCAGCUUGCUUUUGUGUAUCGAAACAAUCUGACAAGCUUUUUGAAAAGCUCUAUUCUGGAGUUUGGAAGAGAAACUUUCAAAUUUCUUGAAAGGAUUGGGACAG